AUGUCAGCUCUCACCAAAGAGAUUGUUCUCGUGACUGGGGCGAACAGCGGCAUCGGCUUCGAGAUUGCGCAUCAGUUGCUUGCAAGGGGCACCUACCAUGUCUUUCUAAGCGCGCGAUCCUCAUCCAAAGGCAAGGCGGCCCUUGAGAACUUGCAGAAUCGAAACCUGCCUGGAAGCAUCGAGUUCCUUCAUCUGGAUGUGCAAUCCGACGAGCAUAUCGCCAACGCUGCGUCAAGAAUAGCUGAAGCGCACGGUAAACUUGAUAUUCUCGUCAACAAUGCCGCUAUAGCAUUUUCCACAGACGGUACAGAGCGAGAACGUCUGCGUGAUUCCUUCGAUAUCAAUGCGACAGGUCCUUACCUUCUCACGAAAGCAUUGAUACCGGCUUUGCGCAAGUCGUCCAACCCGCGCAUCAUCAACAUCUCAUCUGGUGCGGGGUCGCUCGGUAGGCGCCUGUUUCCAGACUCGCCCAUGUAUAAGAUCCAGGCCGUCCCAUAUCGCGCAUCAAAGAUUGCGUUCAAUAUGAUAACUGCAUGCCUUCAUGUAGAGUAUGGGUUGGGCGUUGAACAGACCGAUGGCGACAAGGAUGCUGGCGAAGCUGGAGGAGCGGAUAAGAAGACUAUGAAGGUCUUUGCGUACGAUCCAGGCUUCACUGCCAGCAACCUGAGCUCUUAUAACAAAACAGAGAAUGGCGCGAGGACGGCGGAGGAUACAGUGAAGAGCAUUAUGGAUGUUGUGGAUGGGAAGAGAGAUGGUGAGGUUGGAAAGUUCAUUCACAAUAGUGGGGAGUAUCCAUGGUAG